AUACAAAGAUGUCCGAAGGCGUGGCAUGGAUGUAUAUAUACGCUCCUCAAUCCCAUUUCCCAACAGACACAUUUGUGAUUGAAUCAUGAAGGCAUUUUUUGUAUUAUUGGUCGUUUUUGCAAUCGCCUUUGUGGCUUCUGCUGAAAAUGAGGAGUCAUCAGAGUUUAUCCACGAAAUAGAAAAGAGACAAAUAAUCAAGCCAAUCACAAUAACAGCUAAGCCGCCAUUUCCUCCGUGUGUAUUUUACGAGUGCAUUGCCAGGUGUAGGCAGCGUGGAUACCGCAAUGGAGGAUACUGCACCAUCAAUGGAUGCCAAUGUAUGCGAUAAAACCGCAGCGUCCCUUCUUAACAAAUAUCAACUUCAAUAGAUAGACCUUUUUUAUAAUAGUACAAUAGUGGUUCAGUAUUAAAGAUCCAAUAAAAUAUUUCCAGUCAACAAUAUUUUGUGCCAUUUGUUGUUAUAAAUUCUGUAACAAUAGUACAAUAUUAUUUUUCCUUACAUGAACAGUCAUGUAAUAAUAUGUUAGAUUUUAUUAUUAUAUAUUAUUUAAAACAAUAUACAAACAUAUAAUGUUUUCUGUAUAUUUUAAUUAAAUUUCACGUAAUCGUGACUCAGAUAAUCUGAUGUGUACAAAAUUUCUUAUAAUAUAUGAAUUUUUAGUUAGAAAAUAUUCAGUAUUAGAUUAUAAGUUUUGAAAUUUAAUAUAAGUGUUAGAAAUAAAUAAACAUUAUUAAAAGUUUCAAUGAAA